CAUUUUUGUCUAUUACUCAUCAUGGUUCACAAGUAGAAAGACGUGUUAUUUGUUUUCUUUUGUGCGAUAAAUUCCAUCAAGAUGGGUUUCUAGUUUUUUGAACGUUUUGCACACCUGCGUGUGCCUUCACAAGUUAAUAAAAAUGCUUGCCAAAAUGGCGUCUUCAACGGACAUCUCUGUCCCUCGACAAAUAUCAAUAUCAUCAAAGGACCUCGACCAAAACAAUCGGUCUUUACUUCAUUUUGUGAACAACAUCGACUCGCCUAUCAACAAUGAGCGCGAGUCAAUGGAACUGGUCGCUGGCUUCGGCCGACGGCCUUUUAACUGAAAAUGAAUGCUCUAUGCUGCUCGAAGUUGAUCUUUUUGACACCGAUGGAGAUCUACUAAAGAAUUUUCCGGGCGCUGCACCGAAGAUCGAAUCUGGCAAAUUGCUUCAAGAUGACAUAUCAAACACAAUGUACCCGCCAUCCCCGCCAGAGAUCAAGCCCAGCCGAGCUGAGCUUGCGACUGAUCUUCUGCAGCAGCUAGAAAAUCAAUGCAAACAAGAAAACAUAUUUUCAAACUGGUUGGAAGAAAAAGUGGAGCUUCCCAUCUUCGAGAACAUCUCCCAAGUGCCCGAGCGUGUAGAGGUACCACAAGUAGCGCUGCCCCUACCCACGUACGCGCCACAGACGGUAUCACAGCCGACCGAAGAGCUACUGCGAGAGUUCGAAACGGUAUACGGCGCCGUCGAGUUGACUCAUCUUACACCGCCGCAGAGCCCGCCCGGCCCCGCUACUCAACUCCUGCUUAGCUACGCGCAGCAAGCACAGUGCGCCUCUAUUGCACCCGCCCUGCACACCGCUCCGGUGGUGCCAGAGCAGUGGCCCGUCUCCCCCACGCCGGUGGUACUGUCGGAAUACGACUGCGACUCCCAGCUCGAGGAACUUGUUCGCCACCGCGCCGCUCAGCUAGCGUCCCCGCAGCCGUCCGCUCGCAGCGCGUCUACUUCGCCUCGCUCUUCCCCGCGCUCGUCCCCGCCGUCGUCACCGCGCUCGUCCUCCACCGACGAGGAGUGGUGUGCGUCGUCUCGCCCCAAGCCCUACUCGCGUAACGUCGACGAUCGCCGUUCGCGUAAGAAGGAACAGAACAAAAACGCAGCCACCCGCUACCGCCAGAAGAAGAAGGCGGAGGUCGAAGUGUUGCUCAACGAGGAACAGGCGCUGCGCAAUCGCCACGUCGACCUCGGAGAGAAGUGUUCGGACCUCCAGCGAGAGAUUCGAUAUCUCAAAGGGCUUAUGCGCGAUCUGUUCAAGGCGAAGGGUCUCAUAAAAUAAAAAUUUGCUCUACGAAUUAAGUGAAAAAAUAUACGCACCGCGCGAUUCAAACGUGGUGUAUUGAAUUAUAUUCAAUCAGAAGUUAAGGAGUUUAUAAAAUUUCGAUGAUAUAUCUACAUUUAAUUUCUAGUUAAGCUAGAUAAGUUGUAUCGUUUGCAUCUUACACCUAACGUCGAGCAGCAUAAGUCACGCAUGUAAUUUCGUCGAGGGCAACAUCUCAGCAAUGUAACAUCUAAUAAAAUCAUAAGAGGCGCUGUCUUCUCAUCAUUCAUUUUCUUAAAUAUAGAGGAUAGGUUGCAUUCAUUGUUAUGAAAUGUGAACGUUAAAAUUGUGUGGAAUAACAGCAGCACGUCAUUACAUUUGAUUUUGUACAGUUUAUAUUUUUUCAAAAACAUGAACAUGAAGUUUUUGUACAUAAGAAUUUUAGAAAUAUCUCUGUUCUAUUUUCAUACAAUAUAAGGAAUGCGACGGCGGA